CACUUAGUUGGUCGACUGAUUGGCAAGCAAGGCCGGUACGUGAGUUUUCUGAAACAGACAUCUGGUGCCAAGAUCUACAUUUCCACCCUGCCUUACACCCAGAACAUCCAGAUCUGCCACAUAGAAGGCUCUCAGCAUCAUGUAGACAAAGCUCUGAACUUGAUUGGGAAGAAGUUUAAGGAACUGAACCUCACCAAUAUCUACGCACCACCAUUGCCUUCAUUGGCACUGCCUUCUCUGCCGAUGACAUCCUGGCUCAUGCUGCCCGAUGGCAUCACUGUAGAGGUCAUCGUGGUCAACCAGGUCAACGCCGGGCACUUGUUUGUGCAGCAGCACACACAUCCCACCUUCCACGCACUGCGCAGCCUGGACCAGCAGAUGUAUCUCUGUUACUCUCAGCCUGGGAUCCCCACCUUGCCCACCCCAGUGGAAAUUACGGUCAUCUGUGCUGCCCCUGGUGUGGAUGGGGCCUGGUGGCGAGCCCAAGUAGUGGCCUCUUAUGAGGAGACCAAUGAGGUGGAGAUUCGUUACGUGGACUACGGUGGAUAUAAGAGGGUGAAAGUCGACGUGCUCCGGCAAAUUAGGUCUGACUUUGUGACCCUGCCGUUUCAAGGAGCAGAAGUCCUUCUGGACAGUGUGGUUCCACUGUCAGAUGAUGACCACUUUUCACCUGAGGCAAAUGCAGCCAUGAGUGAGAUGACGGGGAACACAGCACUGCUGGCCCAGGUGACAAGCUACAGUGCGACUGGCCUUCCUCUGAUUCAGCUGUGGAGUGUGGUUGGAGAUGAAGUGGUGUUGUUAAACCAGUCACUGGUGGAGCGGGGCCUUGCGCAGUGGGUUGACAGCUUCUACGCCAGCCUUUGACCUUGGCCUCCGGAGCUGCUGCUUGAGUCUUUUUUGCACUGUUGAAAUUGGGCUUGGCAUUCAGGACAGAGAUUUUAACAGCAGAGUAACAAACUUUGUGCUCUCAAGUCUUCUUUGUCCCCUUCUGUAGUCCUGUUGAGAAGACGUUUCCUCCCUGAGGAACUGUGGGUUCUUUUCAAAGCCAUAGGAUGGUAUUCUACAAGCCAGCUGGCUUAAACUCAUUCUAAAGCAGUUUGAAGGAAGGAAGGUAUGUCAACCAGGUUGUCCUGCUCCCCUUUUUUCCCUACCCUCUCCUCACCAAAACCCCAGACUGCAGCGGGCAGGCCAGGGGUGGGGGCUGGCUCGAGAGGGUCUCUUUUAUUUCAGCCUUUCUUCAGGAAGCCAGACAUGAACUGACUAAUUGGUAUCGAUUCCCUGUACAGCUCACAUAAAUGAAUUGAUGGUGUUUAGCCAGUUUUAUAUACUUCCUCCAGGUCCCUAGGAGCUCAGACCUUUUUUUAAAUGCAGAUGUAAAUAUGGAGCAAUUGUCACACCUGACCCCAGGGAGUUGGGAACAGGGAGCUGUUACCCUGCCAAGCCUGGUUGUAAUUUGUAACCAUUUUCUAUUGUGCAAACUCUGUAAAUAUAUGUUUAAAAGUGUAAAAUUUUGUACAAGACACACUGGAAAACAAAGGGAUUCAAGACUUUUCCACACACUUCACCUGUAAGCAGAGCUGGUCCCAUGGAACGGGAUAGCCUGUCCCAGCGCACCUGCCAGGGGCUCCUGUGGUUUCCCGUGUGCCAGACAGGAGGCGCGUGGGGAGGAUUGUCAUUUGGAGAUUUUUUUUUUUGGCUGUACACAUUUAUUUAAAACAAAACAAAACAAAAAACUCAUUAAAUUAA